AUGGCGGGGGUGCUCGGUCGGCGUUUGGGCUUUGCCGUGGCGGUUGUGGUGGCGGCAAGCGGGUGGUCACUGGGUGGAGCUGAUCCCGUCAUUGAGACGGAUGAGAACGGCAACUUGCACAUUCACAACUCGCCGUCCAGUGUCAAACGAAUUCUAUUGAAUGGCGUGGACGUGUUGAAAGAGAUUGAAGAGCUGCGCGUCAUUUGCGGCGUCGACGCCUCAACCACCGCGGCCCCCCUGCCGCCCACGCCGACGCCAGUGGUGUUUGAUGGCCCGGUACACUGCGACCUGAACGGCGUACCCAAUAAUGUCACGCACGUCAACGGCAGCAUCAUCUUUAUCGGGUGCACCGGCUCGCUUGCCUCCCAGCUUCAAGUUUUGCAAACAGUGGCCCGCGUCAGUGGCAAUGUAGAGAUAUCCAAUAACAACGCCUUGCAGACCAUCGAUGGGCUCGAUGAGCUCACUUGGGUUGGAGGCAGCGUGGUAAUUGAGUACAACAGCGCCUUGACCGGAGUUGAUGGCUUGAACAGUCUGGAAACCAUCGGCCAAGAUUUGACCAUCACGCUCAACCCGAAACUGGGUGACCUUGAUGGCCUGGAUCAACUCAGCUCAGUCAACGAUACUUUGAAUAUUCGCGUGAAUAACGGUUUACAAAAUGUCGACGGUCUGAGUCGCCUCACCAAGAUUGGUGGUGCUCUUCACAUAUCGAAUAAUGCUGCGUUGGAAAGCAUCGAGGGACUUGGCUCGCUCGUCGAAGUGGGUGAUACCGUGUCCGUGUGCAGCAAUCCGUCCCUCAACGCCACAAUCGCCGAGAUCAUGCUGGACAAUCUUGGCACAUGCCAGGACUUUAGUGAAGCGUCAUGUCUGUCCUGCUGA